AUGUUUAACUGGGUAGUGAAAGUUGUGCCCCAUCCACCUGGGUCUCCUCAUACAGAUGCAGAUAUCAAUAAUCCUACUGAGAUUAAACAGGAACGAUGCAAAAGAGAUGUCAAGAGUCCUCCACUGAAGAACUUGGGUGAUGCGUCAGAUGACAGCCAAUCCCAGGCAGGGGUUUUAGGUUGGCUGUCCAAUGGCUUUGCUAGCGCCUUGCCUCAACCUGCUGGAAGCCCCCACCUGGACAGCAAGUCCAUAGGAGAUGGAGAAAGGACGGGAGUGAUGGGUUGGGUCACGCACAGCCUGACCAAGGUGCUGCCGCAGCCCGAUGACAAGUACAGAGAAAUCGAUGAGGGCAACCAAGAGGAGCACACAGAGGUGUAUGAAGUUGCAACAAUGCCAGAUUAUGACCCGCUACCACACAUCCCAGUGGUGGAGAUGGUGUCAGAAGAUGAGGCAGAGGAAGACGACAGUCAAUCUACGUUCCCUCCAAACGUAGUGACAUGGAUAAAGCAGCAGAUCCCUCAGCCGGUUCUAAUACCAGCAAGUUCUGUGCCCCUUGAGCCGAAACCCAAAAAGACUCCCCGCUCAUCAUUGGACAAAAUUCUUUCUCCACCACCUGAAUCUCUCAGUGGAAUCUCACUGGACACUGAUAGCAAAGCCUCAGCGGUGGUCGGUUGGUUUGUGUCGGGGCUUGGCUUGAAACUCCCUCAGCCUGUUCUUCCGGCCCCCAAUGACGUUGAGGCCACAGCAGACAUUUUAAAAAAAGCGUCAACCAAACUCGAUCCUGACAUGGUGUUAGAAGAUGUAGAAUCAGAUAAUGAGGGACUCCCAACGCAACGGGCCAUCACACAGAGGAGACGAUCCAGUUCCUCUUCGCACCUCUGCAGAUAUGUUGAGAAGAACCAAGCACUGCCAGAUUCGCAACCGGCUUUGGUUCGAAUUCUUCAGGAGGAUGCCGAGACUCAGACGGGCCGCUGGACGCCGUUUGUUGAAAGUAUCAAGCGGGAAGCUGAAGGUGUGGCUUUAGCCACCAUGGAGGAACGUUUGCAGCAGGAGCGCGUGGAGAUGGCCCUCAUGGCCGCAGAAGUGGCCAGACAGACAGCUGAAAUGGCCGUCCGACAGCUUGCCAGUGAGGGUCAGUCCAUCAAACUCUCUCUGGGGAGCCAAGAGCUGCUGGAAGAACCUGACGCAGAGCUGGAAGUUUUACAAGAGGAUGGACAGAUGAAUCAUUGUGACAUAGAAAAAGAGGAGCUUCAUCCUGUCGUGGAGCAAGAGGAGAGCAAAAGUGAAGAGCAAACCAUCAUUGAGGAAGAUAAAAAAGAGCCUGCAGAAGAACUUGAGCCACGGGCAGUAUCGCCCUCUCCCCCUCCAAGACUUGAGCCGGUGAAGGCAACUGAGUCGGAACCUGUUCUACAAGCGGUUGUCCAGAGCCAAGAGGAGAUUUCACAGGUUGAGCCCUUAACCCAGCAGCCACAGAAGGACGACAAAGACACUCGAGCGGCCAAGACUGAUAAAAAAGAAGAAACAGCUGACGACGGGUGUGGGGACAGUUCUCGCCUCCGUCCAGCCGUCAAUGUCGAGGAUGUCGACUCGCACAGAGAGGGAGCCUGGGAGGCAAAUAGAGAGCAACUCCUGACACCGCAGGACCCCAGAAUAUCUACCCUAACUGUCCCUGUGACACCAACAGGAGGUCGACAGAGCAAAGGAGAAAAAGAUAGGAGGCGGCAUUCUCAAAGCGAAGAUGAUGAGGACGACGUGAGCAUCCCUGUGCGAGCCUGGGCCAGCCAGUCCAGCAUCCACAGCUCUGAUGACCCCUUGCGCGAGCGUCCGUCGUCAUCUGCUAGUCAGACUAGCACGGCGGUCAAUGAGCGUCUACAGGAGCUGGUUCGCAUGUUUAAAGACAGGACGGAGAAAGCCAAAGAGAAACUGAUAGAUCCUGACAGCUCGGACGAGGACAGUGUCAUCAACCCCUCUCCUCCAAAGGCCGCACCACCGCAACCUUCUACUUCUGCUCAGCGUACAGAUGGGCAAGUUACGGAGAACCUCGGCGGUGCCGCGGGAGAAAGAGCUGACAGUGGUCAGCAGAAAUCUGACCAUCAGGUGAAAUCCCCUCGACGGACACGAGCCUUUGUCUGCUCCCGCUUUCCAGCCAGCAUCGACCCUUUCACCAAUUUGAUGUACGUCCUGUGGAUGUUUUUGGUGUCUUUGGCAUGGAACUGGAAUGUUUGGUUCAUCCCAGUGCGCUGGGCUUUCCCCUACCAGACACCAGGCAAUAUUUACUACUGGCUGCUGACCGACUACCUUUGUGACCUUAUUUACAUUUUGGACAUCGCCGUCUUCCAACCACGCCUCCAGUUUGUCCGUGGAGGGGACAUAAUUUGUGACACAAAAGAAAUGAGAAACAAUUACAUGAAAACCAAUCGUUUCAAGUUUGACGUGGCCAGUCUUGUUCCUCUGGAGCUCUUCUAUUUCAAAACUGGCAUCAAUCCUCUUCUACGCCUACCACGGUUACUCAAGAUCAACUCAUUCUUUGAAUUUAAUGAACGUUUAGAGGCCAUCUUGACCAAAGCAUAUGUCUACAGGGUGAUCCGGACGACCACGUAUCUUCUCUACUGUCUCCAUUGCAACGCCUGCCUGUACUAUUGGGGCUCUGCCUACAAAGGACUGGGCUCCACCAAGUGGGUGUAUGACGGCAAAGGCAACAGUUACAUUCGUUGUUAUUACUUCGCGGUAAAAACCCUCAUCACUAUCGGGGGGUUACCAGACCCCACCACCCUGUUUGAGAUUGUCUUCCAGCUCAUCAACUACUUUGUGGGAGUCUUUGUCUUUUCUAUCAUGAUUGGGCAGAUGCGAGAUGUAGUUGGUGCGGCCACAGCCAGUCAGACAUACUAUCGCACCUGUAUGGACAACACCAUUAAAUACAUGUCAUCUUAUCGCAUUCCCAAAGAUGUCCAGAACCGAGUCAAAACAUGGUACAACUACACCUGGCAGUCACAAGGAAUGCUUGAUGAGCAGGAGCUGCUGACUCAGUUGCCAGAUAAGAUGCGUCUAGACAUCGCUAUAGAUGUCAACUACUCCAUUGUCAGCAAGGUGCCGCUCUUUCAGGGCUGUGAUCAACAAAUGAUUUUUGACAUGUUAAAAAGCCUGCGAUCGGUUGUCUACUUGCCCGGAGAUUAUGUCUGCAAAAAGGGCGAAGUCGGUCGGGAGAUGUACAUCAUCAAGGCCGGGGAGGUGCAAGUGGUCGGAGGAGCAGAUGGAAAGACGGUUUUUGUCACUCUUAGUGCUGGCUCCGUCUUUGGGGAGAUAAGUUUGCUUGCAGUGGGCGGGGGCAACAGGCGGACAGCCAACGUGAUCGCUCACGGCUUUGCCAAUCUCUUCAUUCUGGACAAGAAAGACUUGAAUGAGAUUCUUGUCCACUAUCCGGAAUCGAAGAAUCUUCUGCGGAAGAAAGCCAGGAAAAUGCUCAACAAGGGGAAGAAACCUGAAGCUAAAGAAAACGCUAAGGAGCCCGCGCAGGUCCAGGCCACCGUCACCAGGCCCGAGACUCCCAAACUACUCAGGGCGGCUCUGGAGAUGACCGAGAAAUCCUCUGGACUCAAAGGAGCAAUGGCUCAAGUCAAAGAAAAGACCAACAAGUCCAACGUCUCUCUUCAGCCGUCCAUCUCGUCCCCCAUCUCCACGCCUUCCGGCACUCCAGGUAGUUCCACCACAUUUCUAUCCACUUUCGCCUGCUUCAACGACAACUCGGACUUGUCGCUUUCCCUCAUGGAGGACAUGUCGCCAAUGGAUCACAAGAAGGAAGUUGCAUAUGAGGAGGAUGAGAAGAAGGAGUGA